AUGGUUGUUGAACUGAGGAAACGCAAAGCACCGCCUGCUGAAGCGCAACCAGUGCGCGCCAAAGCUGCAAAGACAGCCAAACCGAAAGCGAAAGCAGAGCCAAAAACAAAGGCUAGCGAUUCCGCAUCCAAAGCCCCAGUGCCAAAGGCCGGAGAGAACAUUUCGCUCAAAGAGUUUGGAGGAGAGAUCCAAACCAACGAUGGCGAAGCAACAAGCCUCGAGGCUCUUGUGGCUUCUAGCAAGGCUGGAGUCGUCAUUUUCACAUACCCAAAGGCUUCGACGCCAGGAUGCACCAAGCAGGCUUGUAUGUUUCGUGACAAGUAUGAGCCCUUGACCUCGGGAGGACUUUCCAUCUAUGGUCUCUCCACCGACUCCCCCAAGGCCAAUACAACUUUCCAGACGAAACAGAACCUACCAUACCCGCUUCUUUGCGAUCCAUCUGCCAGUUUGAUUGGAAGUCUUGGGCUGAAGAAAUCUCCCAAGGGAACAAUCAGAGGCGUUUUUGCUGUCGACAAGACCGGCAAGGUUUUGCUCUUGCAGCCUGGCAGUCCAGUGGCUACGGUUGAAGCUGUGGAGGGGCUCGUCAACAAAGACGCCAAGGAUGAAAGCAAGGAGGAAGAAGAAGAAGAGGAGGAGGAGGAGGAGGAGGAGGAGGAGGAGGAGGAGGAGAAGAAGAAAUAG